AUGAGUUCUAUAACCUCCGAGAGCCUCGAGGCUGGCAUACAUCGACUCGCAAACGGUACUGAUACUCACAUAUGCAAUUGUGAUGCCUGCCUUCGGAAGAACAAAGGCAAGCCCAAGCAUGUACCCCGAACUACUUACUUCCGGCACAAACCCAACAGAGUCACUAGACUUUUCCCCCCACCACUUCCUGCACAAACUCCAGCUCCUAUACCGGCACCAUCGUCUAGCAAGUGUCCUCUAGAUGCUUCUCCGAAGGAUGUCGACGUUAUUCUAGUAGCACCGAAAGGAUCUGGUCGCACUGUCCGAACCCUGUUCAAGGAGGGCAGAGGCAUCAACUCCAGUGUCACCAUUUUUCAAGACGUAACCGGCAAAGCAAUGGAGAAAGCUGUGGCUAUUGGGGUCGCUAUCGGCUCUGGCUACAUGUAUGAAACAACCUUCGAGAAGGAGGUGUUCUCAGAUUUGACUGGUGAACGUGGUGUGAGGGAUUAUUCUGUGCACAAUACAAGGUACUUCGUGCAAACUGGCCAUUCCCCUUCGGAGGCAUUCAAUGAAACCGUCGAAGAAGCCACUCAAUCUCUGUAUCCUUUGAUCGGAGAAAAGGGCAUGGAUUACAUGUUCAACGCCUGUUCCACCACCGCUCGACGAGGGGCCCUUGACUGGGCGCCGAUCUUCGAGGCAACAAAUCGCCCGGUGUUUAAGAAGCUUUAUGAAAGCGUAAAGAAUGGCACGGAGACGCGCAAGGCACUCGAAUUUAACGGGCGCACCACUUAUCGCAAAGACUUAGCCAAGGAGUUGAAAGAGAUUGACGAGCAGGAGAUCUGGAGAGUCGGAAAGGUCGUCCGUUCGUUGCGCCCUGACUACAAACCAGGGCAUUGAUCUUGAUUGUUCGGUAUGCUGUACUGAUGCUUAGCGUCGGACAAUUCCCGGUCAUGUCUGAAGAUCUGAUAGUCGAUCCAAUAUUAAUAUGAUAGGAGUGAAUGACCCACAUGCCAACCGGCGUUCCAAAUGUUGUUACUUCUUACCUAAUUUUCGGUGCUUAGAUGUGCGAACCGCAUGGUGCAAACCCGCCUGGACGGUGGAGUAGCAAGACUGUGCUAAGCUCCU